AUGGAUCAAGCCCCAAAGACGCAGUAUGUAUUUUUGAACAGAACCUCCAAACUGUGGUGCCCGGUGAAAGGUGCGCCGGCUCCCUACAUCGUAUGGAGAAAAGAUGGUGUCACUGUUCAAAACAGUACCAGCAUAACAUUUCAGCUUAAAGUAACUUCAGAAAGCAACAUGAAUUACACCUGCGAGGUAAGAAGAGAUGGAGAAGUAUUAAGAAGGGACAUCAGCCUCAGAAUUGAAGAGUGCCCAAACCUGUGCGAAUGUAACGUCCUCCUCCAAACUUUCAUUAGUGUGAAUUGUAGUGGAAAAAACCUUAAUUCAUUUCCAUGGAAAUUUCCACCAGCCAUGUCAAAGUUGGAAAUAAUGAACAACCCGUUGAAGGAAUUACCAUCAGGCAUAUUCAACAAUAAUACCAAGCUGUCCACCCUGUUUUUGGGAAAUAACCAGUUGGAGAGAUUGCCAUCGGAUAUUUUUAAUAACAACAUUCAGCUGUAUGACUUGUAA